AUGAGCUCGAAGAUGGAUGUGUACCCUGGACUGCCUGCCAUUGCCGUGAAAGAGUUGUCAAACACCCUGGAUAGUACUACCAUUAAGGCUAUGAUCUACGGGUUUGUCGUCCCCGAGGUUAACGACUUGUAUGGGGAAACUUUUCCGUUCGUAUACUUGGGAGAAAGGAUUUUGUCCAGCAGGGACGUUCGCAAGCCCGCAAAAGUCCGGUAA